AUGACCGAACCACCCACCAUCCAUGGACCUCGAAGGACUGGGCAGAUGGACUCGUCUGCGAUAGUACCACCCAGCAUGGAUCCCUCACCGUCGUCAGGCGGGUACAGCAAUCUGCCCUAUCCCACGUUACACCUACAACCCAAGGUCACCCCUCAACCGACUUUUGUCCGAGGUUCGGGUGUAGAUGGCACCACAUCGCUCGACAUCUCAGGCGCCGGGUUUGAUGCGUUGGCCAAGGGACUGAGUGAAACAGCGGCCGAAACCCCACAGAUCAAUACCGGAACACCUUACCCUUCGUCGAUCUUUGCAGGCACCACGGAGAAUAUGUCUGUAUAUCCACCGAAACAGUCUGCGGAAG